CACGCCGCCCCCCGCCCCGCCCCGGGAAGGCGGCGCUCCCCGCGCGGUGCGCUCCGCCCGGCGCGGAGCGGCGGCGCCGGCGGCGGCAGCGGGAGGGGGAAGAGGAGGAGGAGGAGGAGGAUGGUGGUGCGGCCGCUGCUGCGCGCCGUCAUCAUGGGGCCGCCGGGUUCCGGGAAAGGCACGGUCUCCGCUCGGAUUAUCAAACAUUUCGGGGUGAAGCACCUCUCCAGCGGCGACCUGCUGAGGGACAACAUGCAGAAGGAGACAGAAGUUGGAAUCCUUGCCAGGUCCUACAUUGAUCAAGGGCAGCUUAUUCCAGAUGACAUCAUGACACGACUAAUGCUGAAUGAGCUCAAAGGUCUCGAUCGGUACAACUGGCUGUUGGAUGGUUUCCCCAGAACGGUUGCUCAGGCAGAAGCCCUGGAUAAAGAAUGUCAAAUAGACACAGUGAUUGACCUAGAUGUGCCAUUUGAGACCAUAAAAUGUCGUCUCACAGCACGUUGGAUCCACCCUGCUAGUGGCAGAGUCUACAAUCUUGAAUUCAGUCCUCCCAAAGUGCAGGGCAUUGAUGAUAUUACUGGAGAGCCACUUGUUCAGCGUGACGAUGAUAAGCCAGAGACAGUUACCAAGAGGCUGCAGGCUUAUGAUGCACAAACAAAACCUGUUCUAGAAUAUUAUCGGGAAAAAGGGUUAUUGAAAUCCUUCUCUGGAACAGAAACCAAUAAGAUCUGGCCACAUAUCUAUGCUUUCCUUCAAACCAAGUUGACAGAUGUGAGUCAGAAAGAUGCUGCCAGUCCAAGGUGAAAAUAGGUCUAACUUCUGCUCAUCUGUCAUAGUUCACACUUGGUUACAUGAGAUUCAGCAAUCAAGGAUUUCUCUAAGAAGUCUACCAGACUGAUCAAUAAUUAGUCUAAUGUUGUCCUUAACUUACAUUAUGAUAAAACUUUGUUGCCUGUGGUUUUCACUUCAAUGCUGUAUUUUUUUUAUAUUAAAUAUACCUAAUUUUUAUAAUAUAGUAACUGACUUUAACAAAA